AUGGUUCCGUACGUGAAUAUAACAAAUCAGAACGAUCCAGACGAGGAAAACGCUACACCACAACAACUGCAAGAGCCCUCUAGCAGACGAGUGAAGAAGGCUCCAAUCACUGCAGCGGCUCAGCGAAAGUCAGCCAAUAGCAAACUAUCCCAGCGACGGCGUGCGCUGCAAUCUACAUAUCAAGCUGCGAACGAUUCAGAGAAGCCGAAGCCUCCUGUGCCGUCGUUGAAGAACUCACUGUCUGAUCCGAUUGGAAGGAUUUCCCGUGCUGAGGCUUUGUCGCCACCCUCCUCGCCAUCCUCUCUGACCUCAUCAGAAGCUGGCGACAGUCCGCGCUCAAUUGCCUUGCCUAAAGCCACUCGACUGGCUAAAACAGCUCGACGCUUUUUCCCGCCCAAGCAGCGUAAACCCGCCUCGACUUCUCCGCCAAAGGAGGAAUCCAUCGUUGAAACGAAAGCAGACUCACCCAGGUCACCUCCGAAGAAUUUUCUCAAGCGGAAGCCGUACAAGGUGGUCUUCCACAAACUGGACUGGUCUGGGGUGGCCUCGAAGACCGACAGUAACUUGUCCUCAAGUAGAAGCAGCCGGAGUCAUUCCGGUGUUUCAUCUCGCUCCACCAGAACGUCGCGGUCGUCCAGUCGAGCGUCGAGCUCGUCCCUCGUGGCGGACAAUGACGCAGACACUGAAGCGAAUACCGACACCAAUACCACCAGCACCCCAAUCUUCACCGACGAAGACACCGCCCAGCGGUUAACAGCGCUGGAAACUGCGGUGCUCGAGCGCUGCUGCGUGGCUAAAGAGACCGCGUCGCUCGCUCGAUUCAAAUACCAAGCAGAACGCAAGAAGUUCGUCGCUACGCUUCAAGCCCAAGCCCGAGCUCGCGUCCAAGCCGAGCCAGAGCAGUCUUCGAGCCAAGAAAGCUGCGAGCAGCAAGUGUCAGAAACCACUGUGACCGAGCUCUGGAAGACGCUAUCGGGGGAUGCAUCGGGGCAAAUCUACGCGACCAUGCUGCGAGGGCUCACCGAGAGGCCAGCCAAACCUUUAGAACCGACAGAGGAGACUGGUUGA